AUCGGGAGCAGCUACAAAGUUCUUCUGUAUGCAUUCCCUCUUUCUUCUCUCCUGAACCGACUUCUGCUUUCCAGUCAUUUUCCUUUGGAAAAAAUCAAACUUUUUUGUGGGGGGGUUAACUGUCUAAAAGGGAACCGAGGAGAGAGGCAAGCAAAAGCAGAUGAGAAGGAAAGAGGAAGAGACUGCCUAUUAAAUCCAGCCCUUCAGCCAAAGAGAGAGAAGAGAGUGAGCAAGCCACCGCACUGUUGCUUAAUGUGUCUGUUUUAAGUUUUAAGUUUGGUAAGCACAGUGGGAGAUGCAAGGAAUGGAUAUUGAAGACAAGUCAUCCAAAAUGUAUUGUAUGAGAGGCAAGCACGUGGCCAUUAUUUGUGGAGUGGUAUCUGCUGUGGCCUUAAUUUUGGGACUCGGAUUAGGUUUAGGAUUAAAACCUGAGGUCUGCUAUCCUCCAGAAGACAAUGGGCAAGUGUCAACAAAACCACCCACCCAACAAAACCACUCAUCCACUACUCCACAAGUCACACCUCCUUCAGAGCCCAGUGUCUUUUGCAGUGCCAAAAAUGAUAAAAAUGGACCCUGGAUUAAUUUUAGGCUGCCAAACUAUGUUCAGCCAGUUCAUUACGAUUUGGACUUGACUCCUGAGAUGGAAGCUGAGGUGUACACCGGAAUGGUAAAUAUCUCCAUCAGCUUGAAAGAACAGACAACAAGGCAUUUGUGGCUUCACCUGAGAGAAACAAAGAUCACGGAAAUACCUGAGCUCAGGACAUCCUCGGGCCAGGAAAUUGCGAUAAAGCGUUGUUUUGGAUAUGAACCGUCUGAAUAUGUGGUGAUAGAGGCCGAAGAAGACUUACGUCCUAGCAACUAUGUCCUGAGUAUGAAGUUCAAAGGCUAUUUGAAUGGUUCCCUGGUUGGAUUUUAUAGAACAAGCUAUGAGGAGAAUGGAAAGACCAAAAAACAGUUCCAAUAGAUGACAAAUGGACAAAGACAAUAUUCAGGAAAUCUGUGAAAAUGAGUACUUACUUGGUGGCCUGGGCUGUGCACCAGUUUAAACACGAAGAGAGAAAAUCAUCUCGUGGAAUUCCACUUCGCAUUUAUGCCCAACCACUCCAGCUAAAAACAGCCAGCUAUGCAGCAGACGUAACCAAAGUUGUAUUUGAUUACUUUGAAGACUAUUUCAGCAUGAACUAUUCGCUUCCAAAACUGGACAAAAUAGCAAUUCCAGAUUUUGGCACGGGGGCCAUGGAAAACUGGGGGCUGAUCACUUACAGAGAAACUAAUCUCCUUUACGAUUCACAAGAAUCUGCUGCUUCAAACAAGCAAAGAGUGGCAGCUGUGGUUGCCCAUGAACUUGUCCAUCAGUGGUUUGGAAAUAUUGUGACCAUGGAUUGGUGGGAUGACUUAUGGCUCAAUGAAGGAUUUGCCAGUUUCUUUGAAUUUAUGGGUGUAAAUGCUACAGAAGCAAAUUGGCAAAUGCUGGACCAAAUUUUAAUUGAUGACCUACUCCCAGUGCUGAAGGAUGAUUCUUUGGUUUCAUCUCAUCCUAUUACCGUGAAUGUGUCUUCUCCUGAUGAAAUAACUUCUGUGUUUGAUGGCAUAUCCUAUAGCAAAGGAGCAUCAAUUCUCAGAAUGCUUGAAGAUUGGAUCUCACCAGAAAACUUCAGAGCUGGAUGUCAGAAAUACCUAACAGACCAUGAAUUUAACAAUGCAAAAACAGACGAUUUCUGGAAAGCAAUGGAAGAGGUAAGUGGAAAACCUGUCAAAGAAGUGAUGGACACAUGGACCAGGCAGAUGGGUUAUCCUGUGCUGAAAGUCAAUAAUUCAAAGUCAACAGUUACACAGCAACGUUUUCUAUUGGAUCCCAAAGCAGAUCCUUCCAAGCCAUCUUCUCCAUUUAGGAAUUACUAUUCCACGACCCGGUAAUCCUCCUCCCGAUUCUUUCUUGAAAGUAAACAAGGAUCAUGUUGGUUUUUAUCGUGUAAAUUAUGAACCCCACGUCUGGCGUGAUGUAGCUGAUAUUAUGAGGAAGGACCAUCAGAGGUUUAGUCUAGCUGAUCGCGCCGGUUUUAUAGACGAUGCCUUUGCAUUGGCCAGAGCUGGCCUUCUGAAGUAUGCUGAUGCAUUGAACCUUACAAAGUAUCUGCUUGACGAGAAAGAAUAUAUACCAUGGCAAAGGGCUGUAGUAGCGGUAUCCUAUAUUGGACACAUGAUUGAAGAUGAUACGAUACUCUAUCCCAAAUUUCAGAGGUAUUUUGGCAGCCUGGUCAAGCCCAUCGCAACUGAACUGAAAUGGGAGACUGAUGGUGACCAUAUCAAGAGCCUCCUUCGUACAACUGUUUUGGAAUUCGCAUGCAAUAUGAAUGACCCACAGGCUUUGGCGAAUGCCUCUUCACAGUUUGAGACUUGGAUGAAUGGAACAAGGCUAGAUGUAAACAUCCGCCUCCUGGUGUACCGUUAUGGGAUGCAGCAGUCAGGUGACGAGGAAGCCUGGAAUUAUAUGUUUCAUCAGUACACAACUGCAACAUUAGCUCAAGAAAAGGAGAAGCUUCUCUAUGGCCUGGCAUCAGUGAAAAACAUAACCCUGCUGAACAGAUACACUCUUAAUGAUAGAAAUCUUGGUCGCCUAAUAUCAAGAAUAUCAGGCACAUUUAACACAGAGCUCCAGCUUUGGCAGAUGGAAAAUUUCUUUGAGAGAUAUCCUGAUGCUGGAGCAGGAGAAGCCUCAAGAAAGCAAGCUUUGGAAACUACAAAGAGCAACAUCGAAUGGCUAAAACUGUACCGAGAUGACAUAGCAACCUGGCUUAAAGAUUUAUAACAGCCAAACUUUGUAUAAUUUUGUCUCAGUCCUCAUGAAAAUUCUUAGGAUUUUUUUUUAAAAUCACACCAGCAUGUAAUUUGCAGAAAUACUACAUUUAGAUUUUGACAGAUCUGUCAACUUUGAAAUAUCUUAAUUUAUUGAAAUACAUAUUGAAAAUAGCCAAGUCAUUCUUAAAUAUUCCUAUAAAUGUUUCUAAUCUCUUAGAACAUUUUUUCACAUUUUAAUUGGACAAAAUGUAAAAUUGUCAUUUGCACAAAAAUAAUUAUAGGAUCUCCAUUACCUUUACGAGCAUUACUGAUGUUUGUACUUAACCACAUAUUCUCCAUGCUGAAAACGAAACUUUUAUACAAAAAUAUUUAUUAUUCCAUGUGUUCAGGAGGCCCUUCCAAAUAAAACUUCAGAGAAUCCAUUCCAAAGGGAGGGCUUUGCCUCUAUUUAGAAAAAAAGAUAAUAUGUAUAUAUUCUGUUGGGAAAUAAAAGCACAAUCCACAAUGUUGGCAGGGAGGAGGGAAGAAAUCACAAAACUUUGAGAGACAGACAGAAUAAAGUUAUUAGUCUAAAGCAAGGAUGUCAAACUCGAUUUCAUUGAGGACCACAUCAGGGAUUUGAUUGACCUGAAGGAGGCAGGAUGACUGUGGCCGAGGUAGUCAUGGGCAGCUCAAGAUCACUCAUGUCGGGGUGCCUGUGGUGACCUGAGCACUCUGCCAACAAAAUGAGCUCCAUUUUUGGCUGUAACAGCCUCCUGCAACCCUCUGCCAGCGAAAGCAUAGCUUGGGAGGUGUGCCCACAGCCCAUGGGAGAUCUGUUUUCGCUAGCAGAGCCACCGCAGGCCAGUCUGCUGUUUCCAGGGCAAUCCCACAGGCCAGAUCUAAGCAACCGGGUCCCCGGAUCCUUGAGUUUGACACCUCUGUUUUAAAGUGACUUUGAGAAACCCAUAGCUUUGUUAAAGAUUAUAUCUCUGGCAAGAGAAAAAUGCAUAUUCUGAAAUUUCAGGUAAAGAAUCUUUGGUAGCAGGCGUGAUCUAAGAAUUCUCAUCUUGAACCCUGAAAAGCUGUUAUCACUCAAAAGAGGAGUCAGCAACAUUUUAAUUGGUGGGUACUGCUUCUUUGGCCUUUUUAAAUUUUUUAAAUUUAUUUUUUAACAUCCGGCUCUCACCUCCAUGUAUCAUAUAAUCUUAUAUGCAAACACUAAAAUCUCUCUCACAUUUGGACAAUCUUGAAAAAAAUUCAGCCAUCGGAGAUUGGAUUUUAACAAUGAAAAAGGCUACUAUACAAUUUUAUAAACAAAAUAAUUUACUCUUUCUGAAAUGGGCACUUUAUACAGCAGCUGAGCCCUGCUGAGAAAAACAGCUAGGAAUUAAUUAGUCCAAAACCAAGGGACAUGUCUGAUAUGAAACAAUCGUCCAGUAGAGCAAAUUAAGACCUUGAAAUAUCUGGAUAUUGUUUUCCAUGUGGCAGGCAACCAUAAAUCCCACGCUAGCUUUAAGUCCCAUUAUGUCAGCUUAAAUGCA